AUUAGGAUUUGUGAAGCACAAGAGAACUUGUUUGAAACACCCGGAAAAAAUGCCUUCUUGCACUUCCUGCCACUGCGGCAACAGGAAAUGAAGUCAGAUGACACGGAAGUACUUCUUCUGAUUCCACCUGAUUUCUUUCUUCUGCAAGAUCCGGAGGAAUCUACCCGGAAUUCCCCUUUUAGCAGUGAAACAGAGUUCCAGGAAAAGCAGGAAGCCUUGGAGUACGCAUAUCCUGAACAUUGGCAAGUGGGGCAGCAGCUGAGUGAACGAAUUGAGGGUUCGGUGUUCUUUCUGCGUGAGAUUGAUUUAUUUCUGAAGGAUCACGGAGCUGAGAGAACACCUGGAAAGCAAUCGGGGAAGUCUAUAAUCAAUCUCAGUGACAUUUCAAUGGGAGAUCUUCAAUCCCUGGGCAGGAGUGGAGAUUUUGAGACGAUUCCGAGGGGGGAUUUGCAGCAUGAGAAGGCACACACAAUGCACUGCAGAGGCACACAGAAUCAAUGGGCAAAUGACGACGUGAAGGAAAUUACGAAGAAGCAGAUGGAACAGCCUGGAGAGUUGAGCAACUUCUGCGUGAAUUUCUGGUGCAGACAAAAGAGAAGAAAUUCCUCUGCGAUGUAUGUGGAUUCAGCAAGGGGCGCCUGAAAAAAUUCUCUAAAAUCAUGUCAUCCUCCGGAUUACAUGGUUUUUGUACCAAAAAAUGCCCUUUUCAGGGCAAAAAAAGACAUUUAAUAAAGGAAUUAUGAUGAACUUCUAUGAAAAAAAACCAUUAAAAAUAAAUUUUUAAUUAAUAAA